AUGAGAAUUAUAUUGAUUCUCAUUAUCAUCUGUAUUAUUGUGGGAAAUACGUUGGUUUUGGUUGCAACAUGGAGAGAAAGAAGUCUUCAUCAACCAAACAAGUAUUUUAUCGCUUGUCUCGCUGUCGCUGACCUUUUGGUUGGUUUGUUUUUAGCACCAAUGCAGGUGUAUAACCUCCGGUUUCUUCUCGACUAUAAAUUUUACUCCGCAUCCCCUCUUUCCGAUAGCGGGGGAGUUCUGGAAACAGGGAGCUGGGGCCGUUGCCGUGAAGCUGAUGAUCCAAUGAAUUUCUACCUCACUUUGUUUAUAAUUGUGUUCCUUUUACCUACCCUAGUCAUAUUGGUUAUGUACGUUCUAAUCUUUCGUGUUGCACGUAAGCGACAAAAGAUGUUGCGAAAUGGCGAACUGGGACAGGCAUCCAUUGACCUAAACCAGCAAACUGCUGUUCACCGUCAAGAUAUGAAAGUGAUUCGGUUAUUGGUGAUCAUAAUGGGAGUAUUUAUGCUUUGCUGGAGUCCUUGGUUCAUUCUGGUCUACUACUCGAUUUUCGGAGAUUAUUCAAAUUUGAAUGAGUGGGUCAGAUAUUGCAAUGACGUUGGCAAACAUCACCUGUGCAGCAUGUAA